AUGUCGACGAGACUGAUCGUGUUGGACGCGAAUUUCGACGGCCGAUACGUUCUCGAUUAUUCGAAUUGCGACGGAUUCUCGAAUUUCGACGCCGAUCCGCCGUUGAGUUUGGCGUUCGCCCGAUAUUUUCCAAUGAAAUUCAAUCACGCGUUUGGCGAAGUGCUGCUCUCUGCUCAAUUUGAAGCCGUUGCGAAUGGAUUGACGGAAAAAGUCGAUUUGAUAUCGCCAAUUGUGAAUUUUGAGCACAUUUUCGACGAAUAUGAAUUAUUGCCGAACUAUUGUUUUCGGCACGGCGAGAAAUGCAUCAUUGAGCUUCAAGCAAGUUUGAACGGCUGGAAAGUGCUUCGAAUUCAUCAGAACGUUCAUUUUUUAUGCGACGAGUUGCCGUGCUCAAUUGUGCCGUAUAACGCUUCAUUUUUGGAUCAGACCGAUCUUCCAGCGGAAUUCACGAAAUACCAGCAACGCUAUCGUCAACGACUCGAGCUAUCAAGUGAGUCGCCGAUUUCGAGCGAGUUGUCGUUCGUAUCGAAAUCGACGGCGAAUGUCGACGGCGAGAUUGUCGUCGACGACUCGGAGCUCGACGAGCCUCAAUUUGUGAAUGACGCCUGCUCGCAAGAGAUUGAGCAUGAAGUUUUCAAGGCGAAGCCGAUGUUGCCGGCGUUGAAAUUGAGGUCGAAACCGAAAUCGCCGGAGAGAAAUUGUCUGGCUGACGAUGACGAUGACGAUGAGGAUGCUGAUGAUGUUGCUCGUGGCACCGGCGGAUUGUAUGAAGCGGCGGCUGACGCGGCGAUUUAUCCCGACGAAGAUCGCAUGUGGAGAUUUCCCGGCGGCGCCAUCAUGUAUUCGACGAAAAAAGGCGUUGCCAACGUGCUUUUGAUUGAAAACCAUUGUGACGGACUUUGCGAGCCGGUGAAUGUUGGCGACGUUGCGUUCUUCAAUAUUUCGCCGAGAAGAGCGCGAAUAAAAGAUGAGCUGUUGCAGAGAAUUCCAUUCACCCACAUUGCGUUCCGCAAAGUUCAAGGCGACAGCGAUUCGCAAAUUGAGUUGCUCAAAUCGAAUAUUCGGACGUUUGGCAAUUUGCUCGAGAUGAGAAUCGAAGUGAACCUAUCGGAUGAAAAAGCGGUCACACCGUUUUAUAGCGAUGACACGACUAGCGGUUUAAGUGAAAGCGAGAGGACGUUUUACAAGUUGUACACUACUAAUAGAUUAUAUGUAUUGAUUCCUUGCGAUCGCCUCCAACCAUUUUUGAACUCGCGCUUCCAAGCGGAUUUUCGCCUUCGGGCUUGGGCGAUGAGAUGUCGGCCGAUAGCGAGCAUCAGCCUUCAAAUCGGGCCGUCGACAGAAGUGUUUUGUGUUUACAAAGACGGACGGGUUCAGACGUUGCCGAUAAGCCAAGGGGUUUAUUAUGGAAUCUCCAAUGACCAACCUGUAUAG